AUGACUUCGACGAAUAUGUUUCAAGGGUUGGAAGGAUCAAAACCGAGCUCAAGGGUGCUGCGGCCUCCCGGUGGUGGGUCGAGUAAUCUGUUUGGUGGCUAUGAAGAGGAAGCCCCACAACCUAGAAGAUCCAAUAAGAUGGCCUCUAAUGUGUUUUCUUCGCCAGAGGAGCCCCAGAAAUCCCAAAGGCGCUCCAACCCUCCAGGUGGAAAGAGCAGUGGAAUUUUUGGGGAACCUGAGCCUCCAGUCCAACCACAGAGACCCAUUCCUCCAGGUGGACCAAGCAGUAACAUAUUUGGGUCUGGGGAUUGUGCGGAUGUCCAAAGCCGAAGUCACCCAAAUAAACCAAAGGACAAUCUAUCUGUAGCAUCUGAACCUGAAACACCAGCAAUUGAGGCCAAAGUCAGCCAGCCUCCUGAGGCCAAGGGUAUUCAGGCUGAGGUUGAGGAGCAAAUUGCCUCACCAGCCAUUGUGCCAGCUAAGGAAGAGCCUCCUAUUGAGCCAGCUGCCCCCGAGCCUGCUUCCGCCACGACCUGCUCCACGUCCGCUCCACCUCCCGAAGACCUAAAGAACCAUGAGCCUCACCUAGGACCCAAGCCUCGCUCUCACAACAGGGUCCUCAACCCCCCUGGAGGAAAGUCCAGUGUCGUGUUCUACUGA